AUGGAUUACUAACAAAAUCAGUGUCAGCAUAUUGAUCUUAUUCCUUUUAAUAAUAAGUUCUUUUGUAAAUCAUGCGGAAUUCAUAUGCCAGAAGAUGGUAGUGUUGCAAUCAAGGCUAUGAACUUUUGUUUCCCAGGUUAUCUGAAUCCAAUACAAAAUCUUAAGAAAUAAUGGAAUCGAGCAGUUCCAAUAGGAUCAUUGCCUAGUGAAUAUUAAAAACAACGCUUAUCUCUAAUAGAUUACAUGAUAGAAUGGAGUGAAAAACUAAAACUCUCAAUGAAUUCUUUAUUUCUAGCAGUCCAAUUUUUAGAUUAUUUUGUAUCAUAAAAGAAAGUGGACCCUGUUUAAUACCGAUUGUAUGGUGCUACAUGUCUUAUGUUGGCAGCCAAAUCCAUUGAAUUAGAUGAAAGAAUCCCUUUCAUAAGUAAACUAAGAAGAUAUACGUAUUUACCUUAUGCAACUUUGGAUUUCAGAAAAUGCGAGUGUCAAAUCAUUAAGUAGUUGAAUUGGAAUCUGCAAUGCACUACUUUAAUUGAUUGGGCCGAGGCAGUGAUCUCUUUGGGAAUAGUCUAUCAAUAGGAUGAAUUGACCCAAUCAGAGAACAUCCUGAAAGAGAAAAGCACCAAUAUUCUUUAGCAAUAAACCAAUCAAUAGAUCAAAUAAGAUAUAUUCAAAGAACAUUUGGAUACAGUCUUUAAAUAGCCUACUACAGGACCUAAAUAGAUAAAUGAGAAGGUUCAAGAAUAGUUAAUAAGAUUAUGUGUUUCAGUAUUAAAGGAUGGUUCUUAUUUGGAUAAGGAUCCAGCGGAAUUGACAGUUUCAGUUGUUGGUUGUGCUCGUAAAGCAAGUGGAUUGAAAACUUCGAUACCAAAAUGCUUGUUCGAAUUAUUGGAAAAUGUAGAACCUAAGUUUUAAGAAAGUUUAACUGAUCAUUUUAUAAAAUAAGUAAAAUAGCCAACAAGCGUCUUGGGACGAGCUUUUACAACAGACUUAGAUUUUUUUAGUCUGUAAAAUUACAAACAUAGAAUAAUGUGA